AUUGUUUUGCGAGCCCUACUUCUUACCGUUACCUCUCGCGGUGACGCUGUGCUACGGUCGCUCCCAAACAUGGCCUCCAUCUCGGGGCGACCGCUUCAACUUUAAUUUUUCACCAUUUUCCAGCGAAAUUACCGUGUUUUGUCCCUCCACGACCAACGGGAAUGUUUCGUCGGGGAUCCGUACCAUGCCAGGCCUGUGAGACUCAUGUUAUCUUCGGAAGAGUGCUGGAUCUAAACGCGACGGUUUAAGUUGGAAAGCUGGAGAGGAAAAAGAGAAUCGCAUCAAAUCAAAUGCCAUCUGAGGCUCAGUCGCAGGAGCCGCGGGACAGAGGCCCGCCUCCUGUCACUCGGGCCGGACGCAGUGCCCUAUUGGCUAAAGCCUCUAUAAGCCCUGCCUCUGAGAGACGGUCCCGGGGACGACCUCGCAAAGAUGGGCGCUCUGUCGCGCCACCAUCGCCACCACCGCCUCCGGUCACAAAAAACAAGAAAAAGGGGCGUAGUCGAGGCCGAGCACAGGCUGAAGACGAGGAGAGUGUGGACACUGCAGAGAAGAGCCCUGCUCCAAAGACCGAUGUGAGAGAGAAGGUGGCUACACGGCGACGCUCUACAUCCAGGAGGAAGUCCCAGACUAAAGAUGGUCCAGAGUCUCCAGCCCCGAGUCCAGAGCCAGGGCCCACUCCAAGCCCCCAAGCCCAAACUCCAACACUUGACCCUGGGCACGACCCUCCGGGCAGCCCUCCUCAUUCCCCGGACCCCACCUCUGCCCCACCCAGCCCCGUUCCCAUGGAGAUGGAGGAGCAGGAAGUAUGUGUACCCAUGGAUGUUAGCCCCGCCCCCAGCCCCUGCUCUAGUGCCCCAGAGACCCCAAGGCUGGAGGACGAGGAUGUUUUCCCUCUGUUUCAGCGCUGUCUGACAGAUGAGUCGGGCUGCUCCCCCACGGCCAGCAUCGGGGACACCACCAAACACCUGACGCAGUGUGCCUUCUGCCUGCGGGGGGCACUGUCUCCUCUGGGCCAAGGUCCUCUGGUCGUCUUCGGACCCACUCCUGGCUAUAUCCCUCUGCACGUCCUGAACAGCCGUGCCUCGCCAGAUCGUCAUGGCGACUGUCACGACCACGUAUAUCGUCGAGACGAGGCCGUGUCCACGUGCAGCAGUCCAGAGCAGAGUGAGUCUUCUUCAGAGUUCGUGGAGCAGCUCGGACCCAUCGGCCUUCCACUCAACAUGGAUGUGCAGUCACUGUUUGACCCCACAGGCCAGUGCUGUGCCCACCUGCAGUGUGCGUCCUGGUCUGAGGGUGUGUCCCGAGGAGAGGCCCAGUGUCUACUAUUUGUGGACAAGGCCAUUGACUCUGCAUCUACGCAGGUGUGUGCAUUCUGUCACCAGUUGGGGGCUUCGCUACGCUGUCGGGAAACUGGUUGUGGGCGGAGUUACCACUUCCCGUGUGCUGCUGCUGCAUCGACCAAUCAGGAUUGGAGUCAGAGGGUCACAUGGUGCUCCAGACAUGCCCACAAACUCCCAGUCCAGUGUGUGUUGUGUUCUCGGGGCGCUGAUGUUGCCGAUGUUAGCGGGGGUUUGUUGAUGUGCUGCUGUUGUGGAGACCAUUACCACAGCAACUGCCUGGACCCGCCCCUCCGGCCCUCGCCCCUGAGCCGCGCCGGGUGGCAGUGCGCCCAGUGCCGCGUCUGCCGAACCUGUGGUCUGCGAGAGGCGGGCAGUCCGUUGCUGGUCUGUGAGCGCUGUGAUAAGGCCUACCAUCCACACUGCCUCAGUCCUGUGCUCCUGGACCCUCCUGCCAGCGGCUGGAGCUGCAAGAGCUGCAGAGUAUGUCGGCGGUGUGGUGUAAGGUCAUCGGGAGCGUGGGCCAAUCACCCAUUUCUGUGCGAGUCAUGUGACCCAGUCCAGCCCUGUAGUCUGUGUGGAGACGCCCCCGACCUCUACUCCCCACAGGACCAUGUGACCUGUAUCAACUGCUUUAGGAGUGUCCAUACAGAGUGCAUUGUUCAGGUUGGAGAGGCGAGGUUGGGGGCUGAACCUUACACAUGCGCCAUCUGCAGGCCACGGGCGGAACUGCCUGGGCCGACCACUCCCCAUAGCCCCCCAGCCAUUACCAUACCAACUCCUGCAGUGUUAACAGAAGAAGCUCCACCCAUUUCACCUCCGCUAUCACAUCACACGCAAUCCCCCCAGAGUUCGAACGACCACAGUCCGGUUCGACAAAUCCCUUCGGAAUCCCCAGAAAGUCCGGACAAUGUGGAUUCUACGCAAUCGCAUCCUAGUUCUCCAUCUGCACUCCUCCUCCGAUCUCCAACACAGCCAUCGGAGCUUCCCCCAAGCCCCUCUCAAAAUGUCCUCACAGAAAGUCAAAGCAGAGACAGUCCGGUACCAUUAGAAUCAGAACCUUCAGAAAUCUGUCAGCCGGCACCUGAUUCUGCAGAACCUUCAGAAAUCUGUCAACCAGCACCUGAUUGUGCAGAGCCUUCAGAAAGUUGUCAACCAACACCUGAUUCUCCAGAACCUUUGGAAAUCAGUCAACCAACAGCUGAUUGUGCAGAACCUUCGGAAAUCUGUCAACCAACAGCUGAUUGUGCAGAACCUUUGGAAAUCUGUCAACCAACACCUGAUUCUGUAGAACCUUCAGAAAUCUGUCAACCAACAGCUGAUUGUGCAGAACCUUUGGAAAUCUGUCAACCAACACCUGAUUCUGCAGAACCUUCAGAAAUUGGCCAGCCAGCACCCCUUUUGGCAGAAACACAAAAAUGCCCCAUUUCACCAUUUCAGAAUCCUUCUCUGGAAGAAAUAGAUUCAGAAAUUGAGCUUUCAGAUGAUCAUCAAACCGGUUCACCAUCCAUGCAAUUGAAUUCUGUAGAAAACAAAUUAGAUCCAGAAUCGGUAAACCUCCAAGAACGGCUUACCGUAUCAGAAUCUCCUUCACAAAGCCCAAAAGAAAGUAGAUUGAAAAAUGAAGAUGAUUCCACACCAAUGCACCCACAUAGUCCACAGUUAUCACCUCAACCUUGUCAAGUUUCGGAAAACUCUGAGCCAUUCCAAGCUGAGCCGAUGGAAGUUGGGCAAAACAUUUCAGAUUCUAACAUUUACAGUUCACAGCCUCCUCACAGGAAGCCUGCACACCAUUCACAAUGUCUGGAACAGUUUGAGCCAGUGGAGGAGCAGCAAUCUCUUUCACCAAGUGUUGAGAUGUCUGAGGAAAGCCCUAAAAGUCCAGUCUCAAAAGUGCAGGUAGUUAAUCUGGAAGCUAACAUCACAAGACAUUCACCUAUCCAACUUGCAGAAGAGACUGUAAUAGCCGCAAGCCCCAAAUCAUCUCCGAAAGUUUCCCACCAAGAAGAAUCAUCCGAACUGGAUUCCACAAAACUGCAAGAAAGCCAUACGCAAGCUUACCUCGAUGUAACAGAUCAACAAAAUGUGGAUCAAGAUUCAGUUGAAGAAAUGGAACAGGAAAUGAUGCUACCAGUGCAUCAAUGUCCAACCGCAUUGGAGCAAAACAGUCCUUCACGUUUGAGUCCUGUAGAGGAGGAAGACAAAAUGGAGGUUGGCAAAUUGCGCAGCUCAUUGCAAAAAGUAUCAACUGAAAUUCAAAUUCAGGGUAAUCCCAAAUCUCAGAGUGAACCACAAAGCCCUCAAUCCGCAAAUUCUGCGGAAAUUUGCCAAAAAUCAGAUGAAAGCCUACCUUCUCAAGUUGAAAUUACAGAACCACAAAUGGAAAGCAGUCCAUCUAGCCCUCUCCGAAGUCCCUCUCUUCCACCGACACUGGAAACGUCACUAAGCCUUGAUCGUGAAUUGCCAGAGACUGAACAGAAUAUUUGUACACUGGAAAAGGACCUCUUUGCUGCCCCCUGCUGGUCCAAAUCAUCGAGCCAUGCUUCAUUCCACUCAGCUCCAUGUAGCCCCUCCCCAACUCUCACCACACCAUCGCAAUGUAGUUUAUCACAACCACCUAGUCCAAAACAAGUAGAUCUGACACGACCGCUUAAGCCUUUAGAGCUCAGAAUAUCAGAUUUAAACAAAAUUGGAGUUGAUAGAGGUGAUGAGGGCUGCGCGGUAUCCCCAAAUCUGUUGCCAAGUCCUAAUUUUGAAAGCCAAACACUGGAAAAAUUGCCUUCUAGCCCAAGUGCGGUGGACCUAUCUGAAAUGCCUAACAAGGAACUCGAAGAACCGCCAGCUCAAAGUAGCCCCAGUCCUGCUAGCCCCGUCGCACCACAAAGCCUUAGCACUUCAGCAAAACACAGUAGCCUAACUUUAUCACCUUGUGCUGAUCCAACUGGAGAUGCAACGCCACCUCCAAGCCCUGCUCAAAAGCUAGUUCAAGCUAGUCCCUUAGAAGACACUGAAAUGCCUGCUAGCCCGAUGCAGUCGGACAUUGCUAUUGCUGAGGCUAGCUCCACGUCCCCAGAGCAAGAAGACAUGGAAGUAGACGUUAAAGAAUGGCAAAAAGAAGCUAGCCCCUCUCCUAGCAGCCCAGUACAAAUAAUCAACUCAGAAACGCCCAUUUUAGCCAAACCUUCUGAUGCAAAUCACUUAGAAAGCUCUUUAGAAGCCUCCACUAGCCCAGCGCUAACACCAGCUAGCUUUAGUCCUCCACACUGUAAGUCGCCAGAGGUUAGCCCCGGCGGCGUAUCUCAAAGUGCAGCUGAAAUAGUCCAUAGUCCGCCAAGGUCUAGUCCUGCUGGUCUCGCUAGUCCUGUUAGCACCCAAAGACGGUUUGAAGGUAGCCCUGCACAUGCUACUGAACCCAGCUCCCCUCAGCCCGUGGAAAAUAUACCCUUAGAAAAAACUGAACAAGCUGGUGCUACUGGUGAGACUGAAGCUACUUUGAUCCUUAAUCAGAGAGCGCAGAGUCCUGUUAAGCCUUGUAAAGAUGAGGUUUCUGCUUCUGAAAUUCAUGAUGCCGAGCAAACAAAUCCUGUAUCUCCCAAGUCGCUUCCAGACACGUUAGAGGUCAGCCCUAUUAGCCCUAUUAACCACAUUAACCACGCUGAAGCCUCAAGCCCGCACCUUAGCCCUCAAAGAUCUGCUAGCCCCAUCAUUCUAAACCUAACAUCUCCAGUUCAGCCUCUUGCAUUGUGUCCAGCUAUGCCACAACCUUCCAGCCCUUCUCAGGACGAAGCAUUGACACCAAGCUUGAGUCCAAAACCUGAAGUCCCUGAGUCUACAAGUCCUGAUGAGAAUGUUCUUAUUGAUGAAGCUAAAGUUACUCCAGUGACAAGCCCUGUUUCCUCCCCUAAACAUGAACCAAGUCCCUCGCAAAGUCCACAGCAGACUGAAAUCACACCUACCCUUUCACCAUCCAGAUCUAAGGCUAGCUCUUUUGUGGCUAGCCCGGCUCAUUCACAGAUUAGCAUGGAAGUUAGCACAGAGGUUUGCACGGAGGUUGGUGCCAGUCCCGUUUGUGAUUCUGUUAAGACUGAAGUAAACACUGUUGAGGUUGAACUUCCUGUCUGUGAGGACCCAUUACUUUUUUCUCGAUCUGAAGCGUCACAACAAGAAAUGGAGGGAGUGGAACCAGAAACUGCAUUGUCUGCAGCUAUUCCUGUGGUGGAGGAGCAUGAUAAGAUGGAGGUGGAGGAGCAGAAUGCAGAAGAACCAAUGGAGAUGGAGGGUUUAACACAACAGACUGAAUCAAAACCUGAGGAAGUGAGGGGGCUGCUUAGGAUAGAGGAGAGAGAAGACUGGGAAGCUUCAGAAAGGAGGGAGGAGAGAGGAGACAAAGAAGCUUUGGAAAGGAGGGAGGAGAGAGGAGACGAGAGGGUAGACAGCCUAUAUGGGGCAGAUGGAACAGAGGAGAGGGUAGAUGACCUUCUAAGAACUAAGAGAAUAGACCAGGAACCUUCUGAGAUGAGGGAGGAGAGGGAAGAACAUGAAGAUCUACAGGGAAUUGAGGGAGCAGAGGAAAAGAUGGAGGAGGAUCAGUCUGAGGUGGAGGACAAUCUACAGAUGACAGAUGAGAGGGAAGAACCUGCUCUACAAAGGUUGGAUGAAGAAGAGCCUUCAGUGAGAAAGGAAGAGGAGGUGGAUGGACAGAGGACAGAGGAGAUCAGUCUCGAAGAGAAGGAGGAGGAGGAGGAGAGGACUCUAGAAGAGGAGGAGGAGGAGCAGGAGGAGGAGGAGGAAGAGGAAAGGGAAACUGGUCCAUGCAAAGAACCACCAGAAGAACAAGGGGAAGAUGUCGGCCCCCACAGUCCUCUAUCAGGAGUCCAGUCAACACCAGCCUCACCAGAAGAGCACCGCUCACCCGCUUACUCUGCUCCUGCCUCCCCCCUCCACUCACAACAAGCUUUGUCUGCCCAGAAAGCAUCACCUCACUCUGCCUUAUCUCCUCCUCCCUUCUUCUCUCCACCUGCAUCUGCCCCUCCUCCAUCCUCCCCUCCUCCAUCCUCCCCUCCUCCAUCCUCUCCUCCUCCACCCUCCCCUCCUCCACUUUCCCCUUGCCCUCCUCCUCUACCUUCUCCCCCCAGAGCUGGUUCUUUGGAGGGUUCCCUUUUGAUUCCCUCUGUGCAAACGGAAAAUGACCUACCCACCAAUCAAGAAACGACACAUAUCACACAUGAUCAGAAUGAGGAAAUGGAAUCCACAAAUCAAAUCGAAGAACCCACAAAUCAGGAAUUUGAACCCACCAAUGAAAAAUUAGGGAGUCAAGAAGUCAAGCUGCCCAAUCAAAACAUUUUUAAUGAGAAUGAAGAAUUUAAAUCAAACAAUGAGAAAGAAGAAUUUAAAAAUCAUUCAGAAUCGGCCAAUCAGGAAGAAGAGCUUUUAAAAGAUUCAGAAAUGGAUGACAACUCCUGCUCAUCAAUGUUAGAAACAGGCCAGUCACAAAGCUUGUUUGGGAAUGUGGCAGUUGAAAGUGCCAAAGAAGACCAAUCAGAUACUUUGGAGGAGCAAGAGGGGGUUUCCAGAUUUGUUAAUGAAAAAGAGGAGGAAGGUGCGACAUCUGAAAUGGUGCAGAGAAUAGUCGAAAAAACUAACCAAUCUGAUGGCACAGAAUUAGAGGAGGAGUUCGAAAUGAUUCAAAAUGAAGAGGUCCUUAAAAUUCAAGAAGAGAUGUUGCAGCAAGAAAAACUAUUGGUGUGGUCCAAAAGUUCAAACAUGGAAGAAAUAUCCCACAAUGUGGCUUCUGAAGAACUGAAAGGGACUGAGCCUCGAAUAAAAGACAAGUUGGUGGAAAAUCCUGAAUUAUUUGAACAAGAGGAGAUUGAAGAAGCAUGGCCUAAAAUUACAAAAGGAGAGGAAUCUAAAGAAGCAUUAGAGACAAUAGACCAAUCAGAAAAAGACGAUUUGGAAGAGGUUAAUGCAAAUGAAGGCACCGAAUUUAAAAUGCAAGACAAGAAGGAGGAGGAAGAGGGUGUUCUCAUUGCUGACUGGGAAGAGCCUAAGGAGAAGACUCCAAGAAAUGAACAAUCAGGAGGCAUGGUUUUGGAAGAGGGACAAAAAGAGGUAGAGAUUACUCAACAGCAAGACAAAACUGUGGAGGAGACUGGGGAAAUGGUUGACCAAUCAGAAGUCGUCUCAUUAAAAGGGGAAAGUGUGAUUGGCAAAGGGGCGGUUUUUAUCGAAAUGCAGGAAGAAAUUGCAAUAAAAGAGAAUGAGGAACUGGAGGAGCCUCGAGAGAAAGCUGCAGCAAUGGUUGACCAAUCAGAAGUGGAGGAGAGUGUAGUGAGGGUGGAGCUUGAUGAAGACAAAAUUGCGGAUAAGCUACGGACGCUGGAGAGGACGGAGUUUUCUACUAAUGACGAGGAGGUUCAGUCAGUGGAGAUGUGUGAAGACUCCCAGGACAAGGAAGAGGGUGACUCUGAGCUGGAAGACGCGGUGAGCCCAGUGUUGGACUUGGACCCCAGUUUGGACAUGGAGGUGAUGGCUCUCAUCUCAUCUGCCUCUCCACCUCCGUCUCUGCUUGCUCUGUCCUCUCCGAGCCCCACAAUGGUGCUCCCUCGUCGGGGUAAAGGUCGGUCAGUGCUGCGGUCUCUCCAGUCCGGCUGCAGGGCUGAAGACGACCUCACAGUUCGGCUCAGGCAGUCACCAUUCUCCACUGAGGCGUCGCCGGAAAACUCACCAACGCGCCUUGCCCUGACCCCGCCCCCUCUGUCACCCCUGACUGCAUCGCCCAGCAACAGAGAGAGCCCGCCACUGUCCAGGCCUCAGAUCCCUCCCACGGUGAUUCCCUUCACUCCCAAAAUUGGAAUGGGGAAACCGGCCAUCACCAAGAGAAAGUUUUCCCCUGGACGAGCCAGGGCCAGACAGUGUUCAUGGUGGAGCAGCCGCAGAGCCGUCAGCCCACCCUCCUCUUCUCAGGACUCAAACGAUGGGUGGGACAGCCCUAAGCCCCGUUCUCAGGACUCCCCUCUGUGGGGCAUGAAGACGGGCCGUGGUUCUGGGUUUCCAGGCCGCAGGAGGUCCAGAGGAGGAGGCAUUGGGUCCAGAGGAGGAAGAGGACGGAGCAGACUUAAGACUCAGGACAGUCUCAGUGUGUCCCCUGGAGGUGGCUACAUGGAAUCAUUCCAGAUGAGAGACGAGGAGGAGAACUCGAUGCACAACACGGUGGUCAUGUUUUCCACCUCGGACCACUUUACGCUCAAACAGGACAUGUGCGUGGUGUGUGGGAGCUUUGGACAGGGAGAGGAGGGGCGACUGUUAGCCUGUGCUCAGUGUGGCCAGUGCUACCAUCCAUACUGCGUCAAUGUCAAGAUAACGCGCGUGAUCCUAACCAAAGGGUGGCGUUGUCUGGAGUGUACGGUGUGUGAGGCGUGUGGAGAGGCGAGUGACCCUGGGCGCCUGCUGCUCUGUGACGAUUGUGACAUCAGCUACCACACAUACUGCCUGGACCCACCCCUCCACAAUGUGCCCAAGGGCGCCUGGAAGUGCAAGUGGUGUGUGUGGUGUGUGCAGUGUGGUUCCACUUCUCCUGGGCUUCACUGCGACUGGAUGAACAACUACAGUCUGUGUGGGCCCUGCUCCAGCCUGAGCCGCUGCCCCCUGUGUCAACGCACGUACUCCCAGGACGAGCUCAUCCUGCAGUGUCAGCAGUGUGACAGAUGGGUGCAUGCGGUGUGCCACGGCCUGAUGUCAGAGGAGGAAGUGGAGUCCACAGCUGAUGAAGGUUUCGACUGUUCACUGUGUAAGAACCACGGCAGAGGCACAUACGCUCGGUCGGACAGCUUCGACUCUCCGUACAUGGCUCAGAUCAUCUCCAGGUUCAGAGAGCCAGAGCUGAAAACAUACACUCAAGAUGGCGUCUGUCUGACUGAGUUGGGCCUGUCUCAUCUCCAGUCUCUGGUGGAGCCUCUGACCUCUCCGCGUCGAUACCGCAGGAACAAGCCCAAACUGAAGCUACGCAUCAUCAACCAGAACAGUGUGUCUGUGCUGCAAACACCAGAGCCAGAGACGCCCACGGAGCAGGAGCCCCCCAGAGCAGAUCUGGACUGUGAGAUGAAGUCUGACUCGAGUCCAGAGCGAGAGCCUCAUCACGAAGAGUAUGGCCCCAAAGAGACAGAGACGACCGAAGGGAAGAAACGCAAGAGGAAGCCCUACAGACCUGGUAUCGGGGGCUUCAUGGUGCGGCAGCGUGGCGGCAAAGGCCCGAGCAGAAUCAAACUGUGCCGCAGCGACUCCACAGACACAUAUCCAGGCCGAGACGAUGACGGAGAUGCCAUGGACACGUCAGCCGACCACUCCAUGGAAAAAGUGAAGAAAAGAUACAGGAAGAAGAGGACCAAGCUGGAGGAAACCUUUCCUUCAUAUUUACAGGAGGCAUUUUUUGGUCGUGAUCUUCUGGACCGCAGUCGUUUGAUUGAUAGGAGGGUGGGCCAAGAGGCUCCAUGUCUGAGCCAAUCAGGACCCACUCUUGCCUCAGGCCCAAUGAAAGGUCCCGUCCCUGUGCCGCAUGGCCACGCCCCCCAGAAGCAUGGACCUCUGCCCAUUUCAGAGGAGGCGCUGGUGGAUCUGUCUGAUGUUCUCAACACGGACCCUCACAUUUUGGCCACAGGACAAACAGGUCAGUUCCAGGGUGAGCGCUCUCCUUCUCCGUUCGCGGGUCUGGACAUCGGCCCCAUGGACUCAGGCCGGGCACAGCGCUCGGUGCAGGAGGAGCCUCUCGACGCCAUCCUCAGCCCCGAACUCGACAAAAUGGUGUCUGAUGGUGCGAUACUGAGUAAACUAUACAAAAUUCCAGAGCUCGAGGGCAAAGACGUAGAAGACCUGUUCACUGCUGUCCUCAGUCCAAAUCGCAACAGCCAAUCGGAGUCUCAGGCGAGCAGCAAACCCCACCCCCCUGCCCCAGGUGGACAGUUCCCACGCCUCCCGCUGGUGAACGGUCUGAUGGGCUCCUCCUCUCACUUCCCGGGAUCUCCCAUGAUUCCUCUGGGCCAACAGGCGACGCCCCGCUUCAGGGUGGCCCCUCCUCCUCACUCAGGCUCUGCCCCAUCCCUGCCUGGCCCCACCCACUCUCUGCAGCCAUCCAAUCAGGCGCAAUCUCCGGCAGAUGACCAGGAUGUGCUGUCAACGGCACAGAGAGGCAUGCUGAAGUGGGAGAAGGAGGAGCCUCUGGGAGAACAGGCCACAGUCGCACCUGUGCUCUACUGCAACAUCAAGUUCCCCCAACUGAAAGAGCAGUACCCAGACUGGCCAUCGAGGAUGAAGCAGAUCGCCAAACUGUGGAGGAAAGCCAGCUCCCAGGACCGCGCUCCAUUUGUGCAAAAAGCCAGAGACAACCGGGCUGCUCAGAGAAUCAACAAAGUUCAGUUGCCUCCUGACCCUCUGAAACGCCUCGCACCACCGCCACCACAGAUGACCUAUGACCCCAUUUCUAUGGAGACAGACACCAUGUUCAAGGACCCACUUAGGCCCAAGGAGACUGAGCAGGAGCAGGAGUGGAAGAUGCGGCAGGGAGAGGUAAAUGAGAGAUGGGGCUCCGGGCUAAAAUCACCAUCACAUAAAGAUUGUCCCUUCCAGGCAUCUGUAGCAGGAGCGGGCCAAGAGCCUCUGCAAAUGCGACAGAAGAGUAAACAGCUGGCCAAGAUGGAGGCCACUCAGAAAUUGGAGCAGGUGAAGAAUGAGCAGCUCCUGCAGCAGCGCCAGCAGCAGAUCCUGACCAGUCAGAGGCUAUGCGGCGGCGUUUCCCCGGAUACUGGCAGCCGCAGCCCCAUGGCAUCCAAUCAGCAUUCAGCAGGAAGCGGCGGCACAUCAGGAUUGGUGGAUGACGUGUUCCUGCGCCCCCAGGCCCCACCCUUGUCCGGCUUUUCUCCCUCCUCUCCACAGAUGUUCUCCCCGCCUUCGUCGCGGCCCUCGUCACCAUGGGACCCUUACAGCAAAGUGGUGGGCACGCCCCGGCCCCCCAGCGCACCACAGCCCCCCCUACAGGCACGGAGGAACUCUCUGAGUGCUUCUCCGGCUCAUGAUGCACUGGGGUCUCCUGCCCCCUCUCCAGAUGCCAAAGGAGCAGAGAUGUUCAGGAGCAUGGCCCCUCAGCAAGCUCUGCAGCAGACACGUCCCGGGAUGCUCAGCCCCUCUGGUCUGGAGCACUCUCGCCUGUCAUACCAGCGGCCCGUGUUCAAGGCACCCAUGCCCCCUCACCAGCAGGACUUCUCAGGGGCACGUCGGGACCCCACUCGCCCCACAGACCUUGGCUUUCCUCUGAACCAGGACUUUCCCUCCAGCCCUCUGUCCGGACUGGGCUCUCCCCACCGUAGCCCAUAUUCCCAGGCUCCCGGCACCCCGAGGCCUGACUACACCCAGCAGGCCGGGGAAGCCCUCAGCCAUCAUUCCCCCCUGACCUCCAGACCCUCUCCGGACCCUUACUCCAACCCACAGACACCCGGCACCCCUCGCUUUCCCCGCUCUCCCGUAGGCACUCCGAGGCCCUCUCCCGAAGCCUAUACCCAGGGAACAGAUACUUUCUCUGGGCAAGGACCAGCCGCGUCUGGAUCCUCUCCCAGAGCUCCGGGGCUGAGUGCAGAGGCAGCUGGAUUCCCCCCACAUCACCAGCGUUCCCCGGGUCGACCACAGCCUCAGCAGCACACCCCAAAGCAUGCUGGGAUAUCGGAGGAGGGACAGACUCCAGGUCACGACCCCUUCGAGCAGAGUCACAUAACCACGGGCCCUCAGAAUGACAAGCUGCUGUCGUCCAAUGAGCUGUCAGCGCUGGGAGCUGACGGACCAAUGAGCAUGAUGCCUCAGAUGGGGGACUCAGAGGACAAACUGAGACAGGUGACAGAGAUGCGACAGCGUCUCCGGCAGCUCAUCCUCCGACAGCAGCAGCAGAAGAGCGCUCUGCGACAGGAGAAAGGACUACAGGAGGCAGGGCCAGGGCACACCGCCGCAGCUACUCCAGGGCAGACCGUCACACCUGCACCAGCACAUACACCUGCACAGGCCCCUACCACUCCAGGGCAUUUACCUCAGACUCCUCCGGCUCCUGGACUCACCCCCUCUGCACCUAACCCCGCCCCCUCGGUGCGUCAUUGGUCUCAGGAGGAGCCCGACCCGUUUGGACGGCCCCCUCCGCCAUAUCCUGGGCAGAUGAGGCCUGUAGCUCCUCCCACUUUGAGACUCCACCCCGAACAGCAGCUACGAGGCUUCACGCCCGGAGAGGCAGGUGCCUUCCCCCGACAGAUGCUCAUCAGAGCACCCCCCCUCCGUUUUGCUGUUCCUCCAGUAGCACCAGGGCUGCAGGACUCCUUCAUGCGUCCUGCCCAGGGCCCGGUGCCUGGUCCUGGGCUGUCUGCUCCAGAGGGAGUCCCUGUGCCCAUCCGACGGCCCCUGCCCUCGGACUUCACUGGGAUCAGACCCCUCUCUGGACCCACUGCUCAUCCUCACAUGAUGCAAGGUCUGGCCUUAGUAACAGGAGUGCCUCAGCCGCCCUUCCUCCCACGCUCAGUCCCUGUCCAGCCCCAUCCAUCGCAUAGCAUCAUGGGACAGCCAUACAUAGAGCUGCGGCAUCGCGCCCCUGAGCACCGCCUCCGCCUCCCAUUUCCUGUCCCCGAGCAGGAAGUCCCACCUCCACGGCAGCAGCAGCCGUUAGCGAUGGCGGCUAACGUGGAGCUAGCAGGUGGCGAGUCAAUGGAGGAGCAUUUGGAGGGAGAGGAUUCAGCUGUGAAAGACCUGGAAGAUGUUGAAGUGAAGGACCUGGUUGAUCUCAACCUCAACUUAGACCCAGAAGAUGGCAAAGAAGACUUGGACCUGGCUGCUAACGACCUGCACUUGGAUGAUUUCCUGUUGUCUGGUAAAUUCGACCUGAUCGCAUAUGCUGACCCAGAGCUGAACCUUGACAAUGCCGACCUCGACCUCGACCCGAUGGACCAGGACCGAGAUAGGAAGUCCGGGGAGCACUCAGGCCAAUCAGCUGCCUCCAAUCAGAUCAAACAGGAAGUGAAGCCUGAAGGGAGGGAAGCUGGGAGUGUGCCCCAGAAUCAAGCAUCGCACUCUGGGCACAUCGCUCCUGUGAGACUCCCUGCUCCUGGAGCCUCCAGCCUCAAGACUGAGGGUCCACCUACUCAGAGUCAAGCCCCGCCUGCUUCCAUGGCAACAGCUCCUCAGCGUGUUUUCCAGCAGAGGGCGCUGGGGCCUUCCUCUCUGGCCCCUCCUCAGAGUCUCCAUCCUCGUGUGGUUCUGAACCCUCAAAUCCAGUCUCAAAACCAGGGCCCCGUCCAGUCCUCGGCCCAGUCCGAGGGCCAGGGGGACCCCCAGGACCCCUCCAAAGCACGGCCUCUGCUCCUGGAGGAACAGCCCCUCCUCCUCCAGGACCUGCUCGACCAGGAGAGGCAAGAGCAGCAGCAGCAGAAGCAGAUGCAGGCGCUGAUCAGACAGAAGGCCAGCACCGAGCAGCCAUUUCCCAACAUGGACUUUGACUCGAUCUCGGACCCGAUCAUGAAGGCCAAAAUGGUGGCUCUGAAGGGGAUCAAUAAGUUCAUGUCCCAGGGUCCUCUGGGGCUGAACCCAAUGGUGCGACUCCAACAGCAGCCUGCAGUGCCCAGCACUGCUCAGGAGGGGGCACCACCAACUCCCCUGCCAGGCUCACAGGAUGGAGUACUGAAUCCUCCGAUGGUACGUCCAACUCCUCCAAACUUUGGCCCAGGUUUUGUCAACGAGGGCCAGCGGCGACAGUACGAGGAGUGGUUAGGAGAGACUCAGAGAUUGCUCCAAAUGCAACAGCGCCUGCUGGAGGAUCAGAUUGCAACGCACCGUAAAACCAAGAAGGCUCUGUCGGCCAAACAACGAACAGCAAAGAGGGCAGGACGCCCCUUUGCUGAAGAGGAUGCUGCUCAACUGCGUUAUGUGACUGAACAGCAGGGGGCAGUGCAGAAGCAGCUGGAGCAGAUUCGAAAGCAGCAGAAGGACCACUCUGAGCUGAUCGAGGAUUACAGAUCUAAGCUUCAGCCGCGGUCAUUGCAACCUCCCCCUGGAGCCCCCUUGAUGCCCACCACUCCCAGUCCCGGGCCACUGGUCCCUCCGGGAGCUCCGGUCGGGCCUGGGCUGAUGCAGCAUCCUCCUUGUGUUCCUGGUUUGGGCCCUGGCACUCCAGGAUGGGCCCCAACACAGGGCAUGGGUCCUGGAGUGAUGCCCCAAAGGAUGCCCCCUCACAUUCCUCCACAGAUGGGCCCCCAGCCUCCAGCCCAGAGACCAGGGUUUAACACGGGGUCCAAUGGCUCUGCAGACGCACCCACUCCUCAUGUGAAGUUUGACGAUAACAACCCGUUCAGUGAAGGUUUCCAGGAGAGAGAGCGGCGCGAGCGUUUGAGAGAGCAGCAGGAGAGGCAGAGAGUUCAGCUCAUGCAUGAGGUGGAGAGACACCGCGCUCUGCAACAGAGGAUGGAGCUGGAGCAACAGGGUAUGUUGGGACCUGGCCCCAGGCCGCCUCUCCUCUCCUCUAACCCACCCUCAGACGGCCUGUCUCAGAUGCCCUUCUUCAGCUCAGAACUGCCCUCGGACUUCCUCCAGUCACCUCCCUCUCGACCACCUGCUCCACACCAGCAGACCUCUCACCACCCAGGCUUCCCCGGUGCACAGCUCCACCACCAGAUGGAGCUGCAAAGCCGGGCCCGACCCCCCGGUCCCGGAGGCACUCCUGCCCAGCCUCAGUGCGGUCCGGGGGGGAUGCCCCCCUCUCUCCCUGGAGCUCAACGCUUCGGCCACGACUCCUCGUCUUCCUCACCAUCGACACCACGAGGCCCUGCCCCCAUGCACCAGCUCUACUCUGACAUUUUGCCUGACGACAAGCCCAAGAGCCGCAAGAAGGGAGAGGGAGGAGACAGGACUCCACUGUCGUCGCACUCUGAUGACAUCACAGCCCCUCCCACUCCUGCCCACUCUGACACGGCCUGCUCCACGCCCACUAGGCCUGGCGCUGACCAGUCAGAACUCUCCCUAGCUCCAUCAUCAGAGCUGGAGAGGCAGCUGUCAGUCACUGCUGCGGCAGAGGAGAGAGGCUCUAUUCUGGGGAGGGACUCCCACAGAGGGCCCUUGUCUGCUGGAACUCGCCUGGAGGUCAAGGAGGAGCGUGUCGAGGGCGGAGCUUGUUCAGGCGGAGUAAAGAUGGAGGACUCUGAGGCAGGAGACAGUGGUAAAGAGCUACUGCGACAUUUACUAAAGGAGAAGUCCCCCUCUGCCACGCCUCCACCCUCCACUCCACACGGGGGCGCAGUCAGGCAGAUGUCUGUUGACAGUGCGAGGUCCGAAGAAGAAGAAGGAUAUCCCAACAACUCGGGGCGCCUGGACAGUCCUGGGGGUGACCUGGAUAAAAAAGCUCGGUUUAAGAGACUGAACCGUCCAGAAAAGGAAAAAUCUCAAACUAAAUACAAGCGCAGGAAACGAGACGACGAGGACGUGAUCCACUCCAACUCCACAGGGACAGACCCCAUCAUAACACACCUGCGUCAGCUGUCAGUUCUUCCGCUGAUGGAGCCAGUGCUCAGGGUGGACCUCUCUCUCUUCCCCCCAUAUGGCAGCUCGUCUCUGGGCUCAGACUCCAGACUCUCAGGUUCCUUUGGAAAUGCCUGUUUGGACGGAGUCACAGACUAUUACUCACAGCUCAUCUACAAGCAGAACAACCUGAGUAACCCACCCACGCCCCCGGCAUCUCUGCCCCCGACCCCUCCCCCUGUGGCCCGACAGAAACUCGUCAAUGGCUUUGCCACGACUGAGGAGCUAAGCAGGAAGGAGCUCAGCGAGCAGGAGGUGAAAGCAGUUAAGCAGAAAGGGGAGGAGCUUCUGACUCUAACUCAUGCCUCUAAAACGGUGGAUGUCCCAGCCUCUCUGCCCACACCACCACACAACAACCAGGAGGAGAUCCGCGUCCAGUUUUUAUCUGAGAGCCUGAGUCCAGAGGAGUAUGUCCCCUCUUCAUCUCCUGAGAGUGUAGCAGACGCAGAGAUCAGCCGAUACCCUGAUCUGUCCUUCAUCAAACUAGAGCCCCCCUCGCCCUGCCCCUCACCUACGGUUCCCAUCAUGCCCUGUGCCUGGGGCAAAGGGUCAGCAUUGAAACAGGAAGUGAAGUCAGAGCCGAACCUCCAGGCCCCGCCCUCCUGCUCCAACACCGACCUUGUGACCAUCUCAGUCACUCUCAACCCUCUGGCAGCUCAGAAUGUCCCUGGCGUGAUGGCUGCAAUGGCUCAGUUGCUGCGUCUGCCUGUUCCUCUGGAUUAUCAGCUGCACAGAACCGGACCAGAGCGUAGCAAUCUGGCCCUGCUCGCCGGGGUCCGAGUGCCCAUGAUGCAGGGUCCUCCGGGCAUCAGACCUCAUCGGCCUCCAGCUCCUGCAAACAGCGUGAGGAUGGAGUUGCACCCACAACCUCCUCCUCGGCCUCAGAGCUGCGGCUUCUGCAAGGUGCCUCUUGGAAAUGGAGUGCGUGUGGUCAAACAGGAGGGACAGUCCAGACCUCAAGGAGGCGCUCUCGUCUUCUGUUCCAGCUCCUGCUCGGCUCAGUACGCAGCUCAUCCACAGACCAAUGCAGCCAAUAAGCUGGCAUCUCCUCCCAGUAAAACUCAGCACCGCUACACAAACAACAUGUCUUCCAUUGCGGUGCACACUCUGCCCCUGAGACCACCCUCCUCUGGCUCCGCCCCUUCUCCACCACUUGCUUUUCCCCCUGCCUCCGCCAUCACCAUGGAGACACGCCGUACCGACAGCCUCAAGGUGAAGGUUAAACUAAAGCCCAGACCCAGAGCUGUUCCUGGGGGAGAGGAGCCGAGACACGGGAAGAGAUCCAAGACCUCCAGGUGGAGACGGUGGAGCCUCAGCAUCACACUCAGCAGAGGGCCAUGUGUGCCCCCUGAGCCACUGUCGGAGGAGGACAUCCAGACACUGGGGGCAUGUCUUCGUGGCGAUCCAACACCCAAAGACCUGCGACGCUGCUGCUUCUGUCAGCAGCAUGGAGACGGCGUGACAGACGGCCCAGCUCGUCUCCUCAACCUAGACCUGGACCUAUGGGUGCAUCUGAACUGUGCGCUCUGGUCCAGUGAGGUGUACGAGACUCAGGCUGGAGCGCUGAUCAACGUGGAGCUGGCCCUGAGGAGAGGCCUUACGCUGCGCUGUGCUCACUGCCAACAGACCGGAGCUACCAGUGGCUGCAACCGCCUCCGUUGCACCAACACCUACCACUUCACCUGUGCUAUCCAGGCGCAGUGCACCUUCUUCAAGGACAAAACAAUGCUGUGUCAUCUGCAUAAGCCGCGCUCACUUGCCCUCAGCCCUUCGUCCUCACCCUAUGACCCUGCUCUGACCUCUGACCCGUACGACUCUGAGCUGCGGUGCUUUGCAGUAUUUCGGCGUGUGUACGUGCAGCGAGAUGAGGCACGGCAAAUUGCGGCUGUAGUUCAGCGGGGAGAGCGUCAGCACACGUUCAGAGUGGGCAGCCUCCUGUUCAGAGCGGUGGGACGUCUCCUUCCCUCACAGCUGCACGCUUUCCAUAGCAACAGCGCCAUCUACCCUGUUGGCUACCACGCCAACCGCCUGUACUGGAGCAUGAGGCACAGACACAGGAGGUGCAAGUACAUGUGCUACAUUGAAGAGAAAGACGCUCAGCCACUGUUUAAAAUCAAAGUGGUGGAAAAGGGCCACGAGGACCUAGUUCUGACUGGAUCCUCCCCCAAAGCAGUGUGGGAGCAGGUCCUGGAGCCCAUUGCACAGAUGAGAGCGUCCAGUGCAAGCCUCAAACUGUUUCCUGUUUAUCUGAAAGGGGAGGAGCUCUUCGGGUUGACCACCUCUGCGGUCACACGCAUCAUCGAAUCACUGCCCGGGGUAGAGGCCUGUGAGCAAUACACCUUCAGAUUCGGGAAAAACCCUCUGAUGGAGUGGCCCCUCGCAUUCAACCCGACCGGCUCUGCACGCUCCGAACCCAAAGCAUCACAGGCCAAAAGGCCAACUUUCCUGACCAGUGUGGCUCCGCGGUGCCAAGGCUCGGUGGGCUCCAUCGUGGGGCUGGUCCCUGGGGUGCUGUCCCUGUCUCCAGGCGAGUCUGUGUCCAGUGGCCACCAGGGGCGCCACUCCAAGUCUGCCCAGUACAGACGCAUGAAAGCAGAGUGGAAGAGCAACGUGUACCUGGCCCGAUCACGCAUCCAGGGCUUGGGUCUGUACGCGGCUCGGGACAUAGAAAAGUGCACCAUGGUGAUCGAAUACAUCGGGACCAUCAUCAGGAGCGAAGUGGCCAACCGCAAAGAACGCCUCUACGAAUCCCAGAAUCGUGGAGUUUAUAUGUUUCGCAUUGACAACGACUUCGUGAUCGACGCCACCAUCACUGGAGGACCUGCCAGGUACAUAAACCACUCGUGUUCUCCAAACUGCAUCACUGAGGUGGUGAGCAUCGAGAAGGAGAACAAGAUUAUCAUCAGCUCCUGUCGACGCAUCCAGAGAGGAGAGGAGUUGUGCUACGAUUACAAGUUCGACUUUGAGGACGAUCAACACAAAAUCCCAUGUCACUGUGGAGCCGUGAACUGUCGCAAGUGGAUGAACUAAACGACCUCGCUCCUAACAUGGACGCCUAUAGAGCUAUGUACAAACAGAUUUACGCAGAUUCAUAGUAAUAAUAUUAUAGAGUCAUAUGGAGGGGGGCAGGGUCAGGGCUGAUUGACAGCUCGGUGGGCGGGCUUUAAGAGGCUGGUCCUCUGUGUAAAAUGUGUAAAAAGCAGCAGAUGUAAAGUACGUUGACUGUGGUGCUUCUGAGGAGGAGCCAAAGCUGUACUAAACAUUAUUCUAACGGUGCAUCUUUCCAGCGCCUCAGACGUCGCUAAUCUGUAAAAUAAGACGCGUUUUUGGUUUUUGUUUUGUAUUUAUUAAUGAAGAUAUUUUCUAAGAAUCGUGAAGGGUCUGGAGCCUGUAAAUAUGUGUACUAUACAAAUGAAAGACUUACUGAUCAAGCUCAUCCCCACCGGCCAAUCAGAGGACAGAUCCACCCACUGUACGUUCUUCUGCCCGGCAACGCGGCUCUGAUUGGACAGAGUUUGGCUGCAGGAGCGUUGCUGUGGCAAUUGUUUAUUUUAGUUUUUGUUGUGAUGCUGAGUCUUUGUAAAUAUGACGUUUCCUCCAGACUCCGCGUGAUGUACAGUUCAACAUGAAGCCUUUUGUUUUUUAUUCUCAGAGUGUGACUAUGACAAUGUUUUGUUUUGGGGAAUAAUGGAUCUGAUUUAGAAUCAUUUACAGAAAAUAAACUAUUUUACAUCCUGAA